AUGCGGUCUUUUAUCACAGUCUUCCUUCUUCUCGCCGCGGCGACGAUCGAUGGCGUACUCGCUCGGUCUGCUGGCUGUGGCAAGAGCCCUCCGUCCAGCGGCACAAAGUCCAUGACCGUCAACGGCAAGACUCGGCAAUAUAUCCUCCAGGUUCCUGCCAACUAUGACCCUAACAAGCCAUACAAGCUGAUCUUUGGCUUCCAUUGGCUGGGAGGGAACAUGAAUGCCGUGGCACCUGGGUACUACGGCCUGCGAAACCUCGCGGGGGAGAGUGCCAUCUUUGUGGCUCCAAACGGACUCAACAAUGGCUGGGGUAACAGUGGCGGUGAGGAUACAACGUUUGUGGACAACAUGAUUAGCACCAUCGAGAACCAGCUCUGUGUCGAUGAGACGCAACGCUUUGCUACCGGAUGGAGCUACGGCGGUGCUAUGUCGUAUUCACUUGCCUGCUCACGCCCUAAUGUAUUCCGUGCUGUGGCUGUCAUUUCUGGCGCCCAGCUCAGUGGCUGCAGCCCCGGUACCCAGCCAGUCCCCUACCUCGGCAUCCAUGGCGUCGUCGACAGCGUUCUGAACAUCAGCAAUGGUCGCCAGCUGCGUGACAAAUUCCUCGCCAACAAUGGUUGUGCCGCCAAAACUGCCCCGGAGCCCGCCCCAGGCACUGGUACGCAUAUCAAGACGACUUACAGCUGCCGCGCUGGAUACCCUGUAUGGUGGAUUGCUCAUAGCGGUGAUCACGUUCCCGAUCCGCAUGACAGCAAUGGAAACUACUGGGCACCCGGUGAGACGUGGACCUUCUUCACCCAGGCCAUCAAUGGUGGUACGCAGUCUUCCCAGUCCCAGCCUCAGUCUUCAAGCACUCCACGACCAUCUUCCACGUCCUCUGGCAACAAUGGCGGCAAUUGCGCUGCCAAAUGGGCUCAGUGUGGUGGUCAGGGAUACUCUGGUCCGACGUGCUGCCAGUCUGGUAGCACAUGUCAAUUCUCAAACACUUGGUACUCCCAGUGCUUGUAG